GGCGAGGGGGGCGGCACCCAGCCGGGUGUCCUCCUCUGGGGGGCGGGGGGCGGUGCUCAGUCCGGUGUCGCCCCCUAGCUUCCUCUGCAGAUACUGCGCCCCUCCAGAUCGGCGCGGCGCGGCCCGGAGCGCCGCCUCCUCUUCCUGAGAGCUGCUGGCCGCCGUGCUGGCGGGGUGCUCGGGCGGGCGCCUAGGGAAAUACAUCGAGUCUCGGGAAGGGACGGCGGGGGGACGCGGGGACCCGCCGAGCCGCGCAGCCCCACUGCCUGCGCACACACCCUCCCGCGCCCCGUCCUGGGGUGCCAGGCUUGCCGAUUGUGAUUAUUAUUUUUAUUUUUAAUUUCAAGUAUCAUUAUUUUUCGCAAACGGGGUAGCCGCCGGAGGUCCGGGGUUCUGGCUGGCGGGGCCCGGAUGUGCCGAGGAUGCUUGGCCAGCCUGCUGGAGGCGGCGGCGGGCAGGGGCGGCCGGCGCUCGGUGCCAUGAUGGGCAUCAGGUAAGCGGCGGCAGCAGCAGGCGGCCGGGAGACGCCGCAGCCCGAGGCCCCGAGGCCGAGCCGCCCCCCGCCCGCGCUUUGUGGACGCCGCGCCCAACACCGCUCAGCCCCCGGCUGGGAGCCACGAGGAUGCACCUCCCGGAGGAGAACCACCAAGGUUCCAACUAUGGGAGCCCCCGCCCCGCUCACGCCAACAUGAAUGCCAACGCGGCUGCAGGGCUGGCCCCCGAGCACAUCCCCACGCCGGGGGCUGCCCUGUCCUGGCAGGCGGCCAUCGAUGCAGCCCGGCAGGCCAAGCUGAUGGGCAGCGCCGGCAAUGCCACCAUCUCCACGGUCAGCUCCACACAGCGCAAGCGGCAGCAGUACGGGAAGCCCAAGAAGCAGGGCAGCACGACCGCCACGCGCCCGCCACGCGCCCUGCUCUGCCUCACCCUCAAGAACCCCAUCCGCAGGGCCUGCAUCAGCAUUGUUGAAUGGAAACCAUUUGAAAUAAUUAUUUUACUGACUAUUUUUGCCAAUUGUGUGGCCUUAGCGAUCUAUAUUCCCUUCCCAGAAGACGACUCCAACGCCACCAAUUCCAACCUGGAACGGGUGGAGUAUCUCUUCCUCAUCAUUUUUACUGUGGAAGCCUUUCUAAAAGUCAUCGCCUACGGACUUCUCUUUCACCCCAACGCUUACCUCCGCAACGGCUGGAACCUGCUGGACUUCAUCAUCGUGGUCGUUGGGCUUUUCAGCGCCAUCUUGGAACAAGCUACUAAAGCAGAUGGAGCCAAUGCUCUGGGAGGCAAAGGGGCUGGUUUCGACGUGAAGGCGCUGAGGGCGUUCCGUGUGCUACGGCCCCUGCGGCUGGUGUCUGGAGUUCCAAGCCUACAGGUGGUCCUGAACUCCAUCAUCAAGGCCAUGGUGCCCCUGCUGCACAUCGCCCUGCUUGUGCUGUUCGUCAUCAUCAUCUACGCCAUCAUCGGCCUGGAGCUCUUCAUGGGCAAGAUGCAUAAGACCUGCUACAGCCAAGAGGGCAACCCAGAUGUCCCAGCAGAAGAUGACCCUUCCCCUUGUGCUCUGGAGUCGGGCCAUGGGCGGCAGUGCCAGAAUGGCACAGUGUGCAGGCCUGGCUGGGAUGGGCCCAAGCAUGGCAUCACCAACUUUGACAACUUUGCCUUCGCCAUGCUGACAGUGUUCCAGUGCAUCACCAUGGAGGGCUGGACGGACGUGCUCUACUGGGUCAAUGAUGCCGUAGGAAGGGACUGGCCCUGGAUCUAUUUUGUUACACUAAUCAUCAUAGGGUCAUUUUUUGUACUUAACUUGGUUCUCGGUGUCCUUAGCGGAGAGUUCUCCAAGGAGAGGGAGAAGGCCAAGGCCAGGGGUGAUUUCCAAAAGCUGCGAGAGAAACAGCAGCUGGAGGAAGACCUUAAGGGCUACCUGGACUGGAUCACUCAGGCGGAGGACAUCGACCCUGAGAACGAGGAUGAAGGCUUAGAUGAGGAGAAGCCUCGAAACAUGAGCAUGCCCACCAGCGAGACCGAGUCCGUCAACACAGAAAAUGUGGCUGGAGGGGACAUCGAGGGAGAGAACUGUGGGGCCCGACUGGCCCACCGGAUCUCUAGGUCAAAGUUCAGCCGCUACUGGCGCCGCUGGAACCGGUUCUGCAGGAGGAAGUGCCGUGCUGCCGUCAAGUCCAACGUCUUCUACUGGCUGGUGAUCUUCCUGGUCUUCCUCAACACACUCACCAUCGCCUCAGAGCACUACAACCAGCCCCAUUGGCUCACGGAGGUCCAGGACAUAGCCAACAAGGCCUUGCUUGCGCUCUUCACAGCCGAGAUGCUGCUGAAGAUGUACAGCCUGGGCCUGCAGGCCUACUUCGUGUCUCUGUUCAAUCGCUUCGACUGCUUUAUUGUGUGCGGGGGAAUCCUGGAGACCAUCCUGGUGGAGACCAAGGUCAUGUCCCCCCUGGGCAUCUCUGUGCUCAGGUGUGUGCGGCUGCUGCGAAUCUUCAAGAUCACCAGGUACUGGAACUCCCUGAGCAACCUGGUGGCUUCCCUGCUCAACUCCGUGCGCUCCAUCGCCUCCCUGCUGCUGCUGCUCUUCCUCUUCAUCAUCAUCUUCUCCCUCUUGGGGAUGCAGCUCUUCGGAGGCAAGUUCAACUUUGAUGAGAUGCAGACCCGCAGGAGCACGUUCGACAACUUCCCCCAGUCCCUCCUCACUGUCUUUCAGAUCCUGACCGGGGAGGACUGGAAUUCGGUGAUGUAUGAUGGGAUCAUGGCUUAUGGCGGCCCCUCUUUUCCAGGGAUGUUAGUCUGUAUUUACUUCAUCAUCCUCUUCAUCUGUGGAAACUAUAUCCUACUGAACGUGUUCUUGGCCAUCGCUGUGGACAACCUGGCCGAUGCGGAGAGCCUCACAUCUGCCCAGAAGGAGGAGGAGGAGGAGAAGGAGAGGAAGAAGCUGGCCAGGACUGCCAGCCCUGAGAAGAAGCCAGAGAUGGUGGAAUCGCCAGUGGUGGAGCAGGAGGCCAAGGAGGAGAAGAUUGAGCUGAAGGCCAUUACAGCUGACGGCGAGUCCCCACCCACCACCAAGAUCACCAUGGAGGACCUGCAGCCCAAUGAGAAUGAAGACAAGAGCCCCUACACCAACCCCGAAGCCACAGGAGAGGAAGAUGAGGAGGAGCCCGAGAUGCCCGUGGGGCCCCGGCCCCGCCCCCUCUCUGAGCUGCACCUGAAGGAGAAAGCAGUACCCAUGCCUGAGGCCAGCGCCUUCUUCAUCUUCAGCCCCAGCAACAGGUUUCGGCUCCAGUGCCACCGCAUCGUCAAUGACACCAUCUUCACCAACCUGAUCCUCUUCUUCAUCCUGCUCAGCAGCAUCUCCCUGGCUGCCGAGGACCCCGUGCAGCACACCUCCUUCCGAAACCACAUUCUUUUUUAUUUUGAUAUUGUUUUCACUACCAUUUUCACCAUUGAGAUUGCUCUGAAGAUCCUUGGCAAUGCCGACUAUGUCUUCACUAGUAUCUUUACGCUAGAAAUUAUCCUUAAGAUGACGGCAUACGGGGCCUUCCUGCACAAGGGCUCCUUCUGCCGAAACUACUUCAACAUCCUGGACCUGCUAGUGGUCAGCGUGUCCCUCAUCUCAUUUGGCAUCCAGUCCAGCGCCAUCAACGUGGUGAAGAUCCUGCGUGUCCUGAGGGUCCUCAGGCCCCUGCGGGCCAUCAACAGGGCCAAGGGGCUGAAGCAUGUGGUCCAGUGUGUGUUUGUGGCCAUCCGGACCAUCGGAAACAUCGUCAUUGUCACCACGCUGCUCCAGUUCAUGUUCGCCUGCAUCGGGGUCCAGCUCUUCAAGGGAAAGCUUUACACCUGUUCAGACAGUUCCAAGCAGACGGAGGCUGAGUGCAAGGGCAACUACAUCACCUAUAAGGAUGGGGAGGUCGACCAGCCCAUCAUCCAGCCCCGCAGCUGGGAGAAUAGCAAGUUUGACUUCGACAAUGUGCUGGCGGCCAUGAUGGCGCUCUUCACCGUCUCCACCUUUGAGGGGUGGCCGGAACUGCUGUACCGCUCCAUUGACUCCCACACGGAAGACAAGGGCCCCAUCUACAACUACCGCGUGGAGAUCUCCAUCUUCUUCAUCAUCUACAUCAUCAUCAUUGCCUUCUUCAUGAUGAACAUCUUCGUGGGUUUCGUCAUCGUCACGUUCCAGGAGCAGGGAGAGCAGGAGUACAAGAACUGUGAGCUGGACAAGAACCAGCGGCAGUGUGUGGAGUACGCCCUCAAGGCCCGGCCCCUCCGGAGGUACAUCCCCAAGAACCAGCACCAGUACAAGGUGUGGUACGUGGUCAACUCCACCUACUUCGAGUACCUGAUGUUUGUCCUCAUCCUGCUCAACACCAUCUGCCUGGCCAUGCAGCACUACGGCCAGAGCUGCCUCUUCAAGAUCGCCAUGAACAUCCUCAACAUGGUCUUCACUGGCCUCUUCACCGUGGAGAUGAUCCUCAAGCUGAUAGCCUUCAAGCCCAAGGGUUACUUUAGUGAUCCCUGGAAUGUUUUUGACUUCCUCAUCGUAAUUGGCAGCAUGAUAGACGUCAUUCUCAGUGAGACUAAUCACUAUUUCUGUGAUGCAUGGAAUACCUUUGACGCCUUGAUUGUUGUGGGUAGCAUUGUUGAUAUAGCAAUCACCGAGGUAAACCCAGCUGAACACACCCAAUGCUCUCCCUUUAUGAACGCAGAGGAAAACUCGCGCAUCUCCAUCACCUUCUUCCGCCUGUUCCGCGUCAUGCGCCUGGUCAAGCUGCUGAGCCGCGGGGAGGGCAUCCGCACACUGCUCUGGACCUUCAUCAAGUCCUUCCAGGCCCUGCCCUACGUGGCGCUGCUAAUCGUGAUGCUCUUCUUCAUCUACGCGGUGAUCGGGAUGCAGGUGUUUGGGAAAAUCGCCCUGAACGACACCACGGAGAUCAACCGUAACAACAACUUCCAGACCUUCCCCCAGGCUGUGUUGCUGCUCUUCAGGUGCGCCACCGGCGAGGCGUGGCAGGACAUCAUGCUGGCCUGCAUGCCCGGGAAGAAGUGCGCCCCGGAGUCAGAGCCAGGCAACAGCACAGAGGGGGAGACACCGUGCGGAAGCAGCUUUGCCGUCUUCUACUUCAUCAGCUUCUAUAUGCUCUGUGCCUUCCUGAUCAUUAACUUGUUCGUGGCCGUCAUCAUGGACAACUUUGACUACCUGACAAGGGACUGGUCCAUCCUGGGGCCCCACCACCUGGAUGAGUUUAAGAGGAUCUGGGCAGAGUAUGACCCCGAGGCCAAGGGCCGCAUCAAACACCUGGACGUGGUGACGCUGCUGCGGCGGAUCCAGCCCCCUCUGGGCUUCGGGAAGCUGUGCCCUCACCGCGUGGCUUGCAAACGCCUGGUCUCCAUGAACAUGCCCCUCAACAGCGACGGCACGGUCAUGUUCAACGCCACGCUGUUUGCCCUGGUGCGCACGGCACUGAGGAUCAAGACAGAAGGGAACCUGGAGCAAGCCAAUGAGGAGCUGAGAGCCAUCAUCAAAAAGAUCUGGAAACGCACCAGCAUGAAGCUGCUGGACCAAGUGGUGCCCCCUGCUGGCGAUGAUGAAGUCACAGUGGGCAAGUUCUAUGCCACCUUCCUGAUCCAGGAAUACUUCCGGAAGUUCAAGAAACGCAAAGAGCAGGGCCUCGUGGGCAAGCCAUCCCAGAGGAAUGCCCUGUCCCUACAGGCCGGCCUGCGAACUCUACAUGACAUCGGGCCAGAGAUCCGGAGGGCCAUCUCCGGAGACCUGACGGCCGAGGAGGAGCUGGACAAGGCCAUGAAGGAGGCGGUGUCUGCAGCUUCCGAAGACGACAUCUUCAGGCGCGCAGGCGGGCUGUUCGGCAACCACGUGGGCUGCUUCCCCGCGGACGCGCGCGCCCUCCCGCAGACCUUCACCGCUCAGCGCCCGCUGCACAUCAGCAAGGCCGGCGCCCCGCCGCCGCACGCCCUGUCGCCGUCGCACGACAAGCUGGUGGACUCCACCUUCACGCCCAGCAGCUACUCGUCCACCGGCUCCAACGCCAACAUCAACAACGCCAACAACACUCUGCUGGGCCGCCCCGGGCCCCAUGGAGCCCCCGAGCCCCCCGGGGCUGCCUGGAGGCUGCGCACAGACGGGGGUCACCCUUGGGAGAGCCAGGUGGCCGUGGGGAGCCAGGAGGAGGCCUCUGAGGACACCUAUGAAGUGAGGAUGGCUGACGACGCCACGCACUGCAGCCAGCACAGCCUGGCCUCCUCCAGCAUGCUCUCAUAUCCAGAUGAUGAAAGCCGGCAGUUGACCCCCCCAGAGGAGGGCAGGAGGGACAUCCGGCUGUCCCCAAAGAGGGGGUUCCUUCGGUCUGCCUCUCUCGGUCGAAGGGCCUCCUUCCACCUGGAGUGUCUGAAGCGGCAGAAGAAUCAGGGAGGAGACAUUUCUCAGAAGACAGUGCUGCCCUUGCAUCUGGUUCACCACCAGGCACUGGCGGUAGCAGGCCUGAGCCCCCUCCUGCAGAGAAGCCAUCCCCCGGCACCUCGGCCCUGCACCACCCCACCUGCCACACCGGGCAGCCGGGCCUGGCUCCCACAGCCCAUCCCCACGCUGCGGCUGGAGGGCACUGAGUCCAGCGAGAAGCUUAACGGCAGCUUCCCGUCCAUCCGCUGCUCCUGGGCCCGAGAGCCCAGCCCCUGCGUGGCCCGAAGAGCCCGGCCCGUGUCCCUCACUGUGCCCGGCCAGGCCGGGGCCCCAGGCCCACAGCUCCACGGCAGUGCCAGCAGUCUGGUGGAGGCGGUCUUGAUCUCCGAAGGGCUGGGACAGUUUGCUCAGGACCCCAAAUUCAUCGAGGCCACCACCCAGGAGCUGGCGGACGCCUGCCACAUGACCCGGGAGGAGAUGGAGAGCGCAGCGGACAACAUCCUCAGCGGGGGUUCGGGGCCCAGCCCCAACGGCACCCUGCUGCCUUGCGUGCGCUGCAGGGACCCGGGGCAGGACCCGGGGCUUGGGGAGGAUGAGGACGAGGAGGCGCCCGGUCCACCGCUAUGCGGGAGGAGCGGGGAGGAGGAGCGCCGGGCCCAGGGCCGCAGCCUGCCAUAGCGCGGCCCGGGAAGCGGCCGGCAGCUUUUUAAUUUGUCUCAAUGUUCCUAAUGGGUUUCAGAAGUGCCUCACUGUUCUCGUGACCUGGAGUUAACCGGAACAGCGUCUUCAUUCAUUUUCCUCGGGACGAGACGCAGGGUUGGGUGGUGGUGCAGAGUCAGCUCUUGGGGUUUUUGGGGUGGGGGAGGAGACGGGGAGAGAGAGAAGCAGCACCCCCCGCGGCGUGUGUCCUUGGAGCUGUGGAUACAGAGAGGUGGCUGGGGCCCGGGUGGACGCCCCACCUGCCCUCCCUCCCUCUUCCCUCCCUCGCUCCUCCGGCCCAGCGGUGGCUCCGUGCAUGAGAGAGCGCCUCGGUUCCCCCACCCACCCAGCAACCCGCACCAGAAGGCCCCUCCCAGCAUCACAUGGGCGUCUUUCCACUUUGCUUGUAAACAAAAACAAAACAAAAAAAUCAUUUUGCACAUAUUGUGUGUGAGCCUCAGUGUCUCCAAAAAAGCCAGGACCCUGUGGAUCUGCAGAAGGAAGAGGGGACCCCCCAGCCCCAGGGAGAGAGGAGGAGGAGGAGGAAGGGGUGGGAGCCAAGCUGGAGGGGCAGCAGCGGAGGGGCAGCAGCGGAGGGCCAGAGACGAAAGACCAGAGACAGAGAUGGGGUGGCCUUGCAGAUUCGCUCCCAAACCCACCCACCCAGCUACCUGCACCUGACAUGCCCAGCCCUCAAGCCUGAUGGUCAGGGAUCAGCCACAUGUGUGGGGAUCAGCCACAUGUGUGACCAGGACAGCCAGCUCAUGACAGAGGUGACACUGAGCUUUUGCUCAGUGGUUUCGUGGUUAGACAAAUGUCUCCAAAGCAUGUGGCUCUAUGUGGGGGAGGGGAGGAAGUGUACUUCUAUUGGCUUGUCCAUUGUAUUCCUUCCUGAGGGGGAGUGGGAGAGAGACAAGGUUGCAUUUGUGGCCUUUUUCAGCUGGCGACUGUACAUCGACUUGGGCUGGGAUGGUUUCGAUAUAAAAACAAAGUUUGGCCAUUGGCCCGGCCCACAGUAUGGCCUGUGAGAGCUUCCCACCUGGUGAUCUCUUGUUUUCUCAAGACAGUGACAGAAAAUGUUGGUUUGGCCAGAGGGACCUGACUCCGGUCCUUUAAAAACAAGGGAGUGUUGAUGAGUGCCUGGAAAGGAAGCUUCUGUCUGGAAAUGUGUCCCAUGUCCCACGUGCACCUGUGCCCACUCAGGUGAGCACACAGCACCCCACUGGGCUGGGUGUGGGGGGUGAGGAAUCUGGGUCAAUCCCUCCCAAAAAAAAGCAAAAUCAGACCUCUCAUCUGCUUCUGAAACGGGGAUCAGUCACUUUGCAUUUUCUGUCCCACAAGAUAUGCAAAAACAAUGCAAUAAUACUCAUUUCAACAACAAAAAUACAAUCGUGAGCUGUGUUGGCAUUAAAACUGUAUUUAAAACACAUGCACACACACACACAACACACACACACGGGAAAAAUUCACUGGAGGAUGGCAUUUUUCUUUGAUGUACUCCGUGUAAUGUUCUAUUGCAUCGGUAAUGUUGAAGAAACCAUUACACUUAAAUUCAGGUCAGUUUCCGUACUUUACAGAUAUUUUUUUAAACACACACACAAGAAAAAUAAGAACUGAAUGGCAAUUGUGCCAAGCGGAUACAAAUGGAUCAAAUUGCGUUGGUUUUCUUUUCUUUUUCCUUUUUUUUUCUUUAUUUUCUUCUUCCUUCUUUUGGAACUCACUUGUAAUAUUCUGCUGCAUGUAAGUAAACCAUUUUGUAUUUGGAGUGUGA